GCUCAUUUCUGGCAGCACUGCGGACGUGGACUCCGCCGUUGUCAUCGUCGUCGUUGCUGUCGCCGCCACCGUCGUCGUUGCUGCCGCCGCCACCGUCAUCGUUGCUGCCGCCGCCGUUGCAAUCUGUUGACGUUACCGGACUUGGUGGUGGUCGAGGCCCUCGGGACACGCGCGCACGUGGAGAAAGUUGAGAGGAUGCUGCGAUGUCAGCACGCAGACGUCACGUCGUAGGGCCUGUGGUGAAUCGCAACCUUGUGACCGCGAGCUCGAGCAGCUCGCGGUACCAUUACGAUGGAGACGAGGCGAGCGGCGGAUUGUUGAGCGAGGAAAUUGCCAACCUGGCAGACGAGCAAUCGACGACGACAACGACGACGACGACGACGACGACGACGGCGAUGACGUCCCGCGACAGAACCAACGAGUUCACCAAUGCGAUCCGCUCCAUGCAGAGCAGGACGGUGGCGCGAACCGCCGCGAACCUGCAAAAUCCGCGACGUGCACGUCAGAUACAGAGUUACUCGAACUUCAUGAUGAUAGCUAAGAACAUUGGCAAGAACAUUGCCAGCACGUAUGCUAAGCUGGAAAAACUUGCUCUAUUGGCCAAGAAAAAAUCCAUAUUUAACGAUAGGCAAAUAGAGAUCGAGGAACUUACAAAUAUCAUAAAAACGGACCUAAAAAGCUUGAAUGUUCAAAUUGGGAAACUGCAAGAGCUAGGAAAGAGUCAACGAGAAAGUUAUGGUUCCUCCCAGAGUCAUCAUAUCGCCUCCCAUUCUUCUUCAAUUGUGAUGGCUUUGCAAUCCAAAUUGGCCAACAUGUCUAAUCAUUUCAAAAGCGUUUUAGAAGUUCGCUCUGAGAAUAUGAGAGAGGAACAUAGUAGACGACAGCAAUUUACUCAAGGCUCUCUAUCCACUAUGCUCCCCCCAAGUGUUGUUGCUGGAAGACAAGGUUCUUUAUUGCUACAGGAAGAGAUUUCUAGCAAUUCUGUUGCGAUAGACCUUGAACCUGCCAUGAAUCAACAACUACAACAACAAAUUAUACAACAAGAUGAUACUGAUGCGUAUGUGCAAUCGAGAGCUGAGACCAUGCAAAACAUAGAAUCUACUAUAGUCGAAUUAGGCGGUAUUUUUCAGCAAUUGGCACAUAUGGUUAAGGAACAAGAAGAAAUGGUUGAAAGGAUAGAUAGCAAUAUAGAAGAUACUGAGCUAAACGUGGAAGCCGCGCACACUGAAAUAUUGAAAUAUUUUCAGUCUGUUACAAGCAAUAGAUGGCUAAUGAUAAAGAUAUUCGCGGUCCUGAUAUUUUUCUUUAUAUUUUUCGUAGUGUUUUUAGCAUAACAUUACUGAUAAUUAUAUUUAUAAUAUCAUUACAUGUUAUCAUCCAUAUCCACUAUUUGUGAUAUAAGAAAUACUUUCGAGACAAAACGAUUUUUACAAAGUUGCGACAUACAUACAAGCUAAAAUGAAAGAUAUUGCGCGCAUUCCUCACCCUUUUUCCUGAAUUGUGAAUAUUGUAAGUACAUUUAAAUACUAUUGUAAGUAUUCAAAUAUUGCAUUACUUGUACAUCUCGCAUUUCGCUGAGUAUAAAAUGUAAAAAAAGAAAAUAUUUCUAUAGAUAAUAAAUGCAUUAUUUCCAUUUUGUGGGACAAUUUUACAAGUAAGUUACGAAUAAAUUACGAAUUGUUUUACAAGGAUUAGCCGAAAUAAAAAUAAUUUAUAGACUUAUACCACAUAAA